UGGUUUUCCAAAUUGCAGCCGGGAUUACUGCCUGUUUUGCUCCAAAUUCUUCGUUCCGUCCCUUUUUUUUUCCUUUAUCUAAAUCGUUGCCUUUUUAAAUCUCUGAUGAUGAAGAGAUUGUUCAUUUUCUCAAGCGUAGCACGGAAACUUGGUUAGCAUAGGCGCGCUAGUGUGACUUUGACCGAGUCGGAUGGCACGUUUUCUUCCGAGCCGGGACCACCGUUAGUUGGGUUGGGUCUUUAUUUUUAUUAUGGGCCUCCGUAUUGCUAGCUUUUUUUAUACUUUUUCUUAUGGGCCUCCGUAUUGUUAGUGGGCUGCUAGGACGCAGCACGUUAUAUAUUUUCUAACACAUGAAUGAGAGCCAUUGCCAUUCCACAAGAAAAUCAGGCCUUCUGGACUUCCUGGAAAGGAUCAAAGGUCAGGCGCAUCUUUCCUUUGACGCCAAUUAAAAGGAAAGACUCUUUCAAAAAAAAUCAAUAAUAAUAAAAAAAGUAUCGCUAGCCGGCUCUCGAGUCGCCACCGGGAAAGGGACAUGAGGGCACGUCUGGUCAGGUAGCGAGGCGACUCUUGCAGAGCGGCGCGGUAGGCUGGCAACGUCGCCGACUCGCGAGUCUGCCCCGCAUCAGCCACCGUGUGCCGCCCGUAUGCCCUCGCCUCUCGUCAGCGUCGGCCACCCAACUUUCACCGAUACACGCACCGGCACGGCUCCCUGCGGUUGCCGUUGCCCAAGCGAGAAGUUCAAAAGAUUGCUUGCUUAAAACCGGAGCCGGCCAGCCCGCCCGGCCGCCAACCAAACCGCGCGCGCGCUAGAAGCCAUUGUGUUGCCAAGCCCCUGCCAAUUGCCAUGCCUUCUUCCCUCCGCCACCAUGGCCGCCGCCCCGGCCUGCUCGUGCUUCUCCUGCUCGCCUCCUCCUUGGCCCCUUCCCGCGGCAACGACGACGCCUACGCCGCCUCCGCGUGCCGGUGGCGGCCGUACCCCUGCGGCGGCGUGAACAUCAGCUACCCGUUCUACCUCGCCGGCGACACCGGGGCGGUCCCGGGCCGGGACGGCGAGUCCUACUGCGGGUACCCGGGUCUCGCCGUCACCUGCGACGGCGUCGGCAGCGGCAGCCGGGCCGUCCUGAAGCUCGGCGGCGACAGCUACGCCGUCUCGGGGAUCGACUACGCGAACCUGACCGUCUCGCUCGCCUACGCCGACUCCGCGGCCAGCGACGGUGGCUGCCCGAGCGUGGACCACAACGUGACCAUCCCGCCGGACGUCCGGCUGUUCCUCCCCAUCUCCGCCGUAGACUACCUCUUCUUCUUCGCCAACUGCUCCUUCGGGCACCCCGACGCCGAGGCCGACCCCGCGCCUCCCAAGCCCAAACCUCCCAAGCCGCCGACCAUCAAGCCCAUCACCUGCGGCGGCGCCGACAAAGCGCCCGGCGGCGGCCUGUCGUUCGUGCUCCCGAGCGGCGCUGUGCCUCCCGGCGACUGGUCCAGCGCGUGCGCGCGGAUCUUCGAGGUGCCCGUGCUCAGGGGCGCCGCGCCGCGCGACGCGCAGGACCCCAAGUGGAGGAGCGACGGGUACGGCAAGGCGCUCAGCGCGGGGUUCCUGCUGGGCUGGGACCGGAGCUCCGGGGAGUGCGGCCGGUGCGAGCAGUCCGACGGCAAGUGCGGGUUCAGCCGCGCCGGCGAGUUCCUGGGCUGCAUCUGCGCCAAUGGCCGCGUGGGCGACGGCGGCUGCAGUAAGACACUUGCUGACUCUUCCUCACUAGGAAGGUCAAAUAGGAAACACGGAGUGAUUAUUGGCGUCUCGGCUGCUGCUGGUCUCGCCGUGCUUGCUGCUGCCGCAAUUUUGUUCAUCGUGCGCAAGAGGAAGAAGAAGAACGUGAUCAACUCGUCCUCGAAGCUCCUCAAGUACAGCGGCUCUGGCGGGACCCCGCAUUCCCGGGUCGGCGACAUGGAGUCCGGCAGCAUCGAGGACCCGCCGACGCACCUCUUCACCUACGAGGAGCUCGAGGAGGCCACCAGUUCCUUCGAUGAGCACCGAGAGCUCGGUGAUGGCGGCUUCGGCACCGUCUACAAAGGGUACCUCAAGGACGGGCGCGUGGUGGCGGUGAAGCGGCUGUACAACAACAGCUACCGGCGCGUGGAGCAGUUCCAGAACGAGGCGGUCAUCCUGUCCGGGCUGCGCCACCCGAACCUGGUCAUGUUCUACGGCUGCACGCCCAGCACGAGCCGCGAGCUCCUCCUGGUGUACGAGUUCGUGGCCAACGGCACGGUCGCCGACCACCUGCACGGGCACCGCGCCCCGGAGCGCGCGCUCUCGUGGCCGCUCCGCCUCAGCGUCGCCAUCGAGGCCGCCGCGGCGCUCAACUACCUCCACGCCAUCGAGCCCCCCGUCGUGCACCGCGACGUCAAGACCACCAACAUCCUCCUCGACGCCGACUUCCACGUCAAGGUCGCCGACUUCGGCCUCUCCCGCCUCUUCCCCCUCGACGUCACGCACGUCUCCACCGCGCCCCAGGGCACGCCAGGGUACGUGGAUCCAGAGUACCACCAGUGCUACCAGCUGACGGACAAGAGCGACGUGUACAGCUUCGGGGUGGUGCUGGUGGAGCUCAUCUCGUCCAAGCCCGCCGUGGACAUCACCCGGCACCGCAACGAGAUCAACCUGGCCGGCAUGGCCAUCAGCAAGAUCCAGAACUGCCACCUCGAGCAGCUGGUGGACCUCGACCUGGGCUACGAGGCCGACCCAGCGACGAAGAAGAUGAUGACCAUGGUCGCCGAGCUGGCCUUCCGCUGCCUGCAGCAGAACGGCGAGAUGCGCCCGCCGAUGAAGGAGGUGCUCGAGGUGCUCAGGAGCAUCCAGGGCGAGUGCCGGGCGGCGGAGAAGGACGGGGACAAGCCCAAGGACGGGGCCUUCUCCCCCACCACGGUUCACGCUCCGUGGGACAGCCGGGCCACGACGCCCAACACCAGCAGGGAUUAGAUUAGUGCUCGAGAUUUAUCUGUGUUUGUUGCCGCUGCUGCAUAGAGAUGCGCUUGAUGUGUGGCAUGCCAGAUUACCUGUCCCUUUGGCUUUCAGGGCUCGUAGUUCCUGGUGUUGUAGAUAUUUGUUUUGUUGGCACCGUCAGAACAGAGGGAAUGUACAUAUAUAAAAGAGUGGUGAAUGGCACUUAUAAAGUACUGGACAUAUAUCAUAUGUGACUAGGCGGACCCCUUUUUAUUUCUCUUCUUUUUUUUUCUUGUUCUUUUUUUUGGAAAAAAAAUGGAUUGACAUGACCUGUUGAUAA